AUGGCGAUAAUCGUGGAGACUUGGGUUUCCGUUGUUUCAAGGCGAGCUUCGAUGCAGCUUAAACGUUGCUCUACAGAUGAAGGUCCGUACAGCGCAUUGAGGGGCCGUGUUAAUAGUGUAGGGUUUCAGCCAGAUGAACGCCUAAUACCAUACUUAGAGUUAGCCGGGUUCGGAUCAGCGGCAUUGAUUCGGACUUUUGAUCUACGAUACGACUUGAUUUACGCUUUAGUCGAGCGAUGGCGUCCGGAGACCCACACAUUUCAUCUGCCGUGCAGAGAGUGUACCGUCACUAUAGAGGAUGUUGCAGUACAGCUCGGGCUUCCCAUAGACGAGAAUGCGGUCACGGGCGUUGUUCGAGCUUACAUUAUGCACCUUAUAGGGGGUGUACUCAUGCCGAAUGCAAACGGCAGUAAGGUCCACUUGAUGUACUUACCCUUAUUAUCCAAUUUGCAUAACACUCGUUCAUACAGUUGGGGGUCCGCAGUUUUAGCCAUGUUGUAUCGCGAACUUUGUCGGACAACAGCUCCUUCUGCGGUUGACAUGGGCGGAUGCCUCAUACUGCUGCAGUCGUGGGCACUUUACCGGAUGCCAUUCUUGGCACCCAUUAGUCAUCAAUCAUAUGUAUUUCCACUCGUUAAUAGGUGGAGUAGUAAUCCGGGUAUCGAAAAGUCACAGACGGUUCCGAUAUAUCGUCUAAUGAUUGAGAAUCAUGCUGGAGAGGGGUUCAUUUGGAUGUCAUAUUCUGCUCCAGAAAUUAUGGCAGUUAUCCCAUCAUCUGCCCACGUCCACUCAAACCUAUGGUGCAUUAGCGCACCCAUUAUCAAUUUUAACGUAGUGGAGUGGUAUCAUGGCAAUCGAGUACUCCGGCAGUUCGGUUGCAUACAGUAUAUCCCGACACUACCAGUACAAUUAGGGGAGAUCCAUGGGAUGAGCAAGAAGGGGAGGUAUGGAGAUAAUUGGGAAGAAGUGCACGAAGAAUACAUUACGAUAUGGAACAACCGGUUCGGGAGGGUACCUCAGAUGGAUCGUGCUCCGGAUUUGCAGCCCUCGUUAGAGUAUAUACAGUGGUACUGUGAGACAGGGAAACCAUUUCUGUUUGGUGGGCGGUCGAUUGUAGUCCCUCCGUAUACGACACGAAUUACGCAACCCCUUCGAGAUCUGCAUCAUGCACCGAGCGAGCGAGCGAGCCGAGCGGACCUGCACCUGAACUACAUUCUAGGGAUAGUUCUUAUCAUCCAGAAUUAG